AUGGUCCGCUUCACCUCUCGAUCGUACUUACACUUGACGCCCGAGUUGAUUGAUGGGGAGUACACCCAGCCAUUCUAUGCGCAGGUGGUGCGUCUUGACGGCGAAGUCAAAGCGUCAGGGAGGCGCUCAUUGCUGCGGUGCUCUGUGUCGGCAAUAAUUGGGGAGCAAGUUCACUACGGCCAAGUUAUUAAGGUUGAUGGUGACAAUCUGACCAUCCGCUCUGAGGGAGAGGAAUUGGUUGCUGGCCUGGCCGAUACCGCCAGGCGCGCACCCAUCGUCGUUUUACUUCUUGAGCAUGUUCAAUUUAGCCGAGUUGAGUGGAGCAAUGAAGAAAUCGGAGCCGUGGAAUCAACGAUUUUAAAUAGAGUGCUUGGAAGAGCGGGGUCGGCUGGAUCUAACGACAUUCCUGCAAUUUUUAACGGGCUCAUGACGGAAGAUAAUUUCCCCGUUCCAGCGAAGGCGUGCCGGUGGAUUAAUCCAAGGACGGGUCAACAAACAAAAUUCCCGCUUCAACACGCAGUGGAUUUCGCUCAUUUUGUGGACGGGGGUUCGCAACUAGUACCUGCUAACGUCGGUGAAUACUUUUUUCAACCACCAGCACCUCAAGCCCCAGUCGUUCGACCGACCAACGUCCAGAGGACCUCGGUAGCGGAAGUACAAGAGUUGUUUGAUCCCUUUUUAGACGAUGACGAGUCGCCGCAAGAACCGGCAGUAACUGACUCUCGCUUUAACCGCCAGGAGGUUCCAACAGGAGGCAGCGCGAAACGGUCACGAGAAAGGUUGAACGAUGUUCCCACCGAACCUAAGCGCUUUCGGGCAGUUUUGGACCAGGACAUGCUAAUUAUAGAGAAGCUUCGUGGCACGCCGGUCCUACUAGAGCGCUUCCAAAAUAUUCGGCAAGGCGCGGCCAGCGACGUUAACACCGGAGACGACGAGGAUUAG